AUGACAAGACAUGGAUGCCAGACAGAGGGUGAGACGAGGACAAGUGAUGCAGGUAAGUCAGAUGAAGGCUUUUGGGUGCAAGCGCAGGAUGAAAUAGUGGUGGUAACAGCUUGCGAUGCGGAACGGACGGCGAACGAUUUGAUCUACGCGCUCGAGGAAAGCGCAUUAGCCACAGCGACGGUCAGCGGAAAACCAGUUGGUGGGGCUGUGAGCGGUUGCGAUGCGCAACCGUGGCGCGACGAUGACACUAGCUAUACCAGUUUAGGGACUGCUAAUCUUAGUAGUUAG